AUGUCAGGAAAGGGUGUCGAACAAGAUUCAUUUUCAAUGUAUACUGUCAAUCCAUCAGACUACACAGGUACGAGCUUGAUCAAUUACAAGCUAAAUGGCUCAAAUUAUCUUACCUGGUCGAGGGCUAUGGUCACUGCAUUGACGGCGAAGAACAAAGUUGGGAUGAUUGAUGGCACGGUGCCAAGGCCACCGGAGAAUGAUCUAAACAGGGCGAAAUGGGAUGUCUGCAAUGCCCUGGUAAUUUCCUGGAUCUUUAACACACUGGAAUCGGAGCUCCAAUCCAGUGUAGCAUGUGCAACAGUGGCACAAGGAUUGUGGGAAGACCUGCGGGAAAGAUAUUCGCAGGGAAAUGAAACAAGGAUUUACCAAUUGAAAGCAGAAAUCGGCAAUUUGAAGCAGGAGGGAAUGUCUGUGACGAAGUAUUACUCACGACUCAAAACACUUUGGGACGAAUUGGAUAAUUACCUGGAGAUACCGGCGUGCACUUGCUCUGCCACCAAGUUGUACACAGCGCAAAGAGAAAGGGAGAAGACCCACCAAUUUCUGAUGGGUCUGGGGUCGGAAUUCGCGACUGUGAGGUCCAAUAUCCUCAGCCAUGAGCCGCCGCACUCCCUGAACAGAGUUUAUGCCCUAAUUCUGCACGAAGAAAGACAGAAUAUCGUGACUCAAUCUCACAAGACCGCUGCACCAGAUGGAGCGGUAUUCUUAAGCAGGUUAACAGGGAAACAGGGGAGCGGCGGCGGACAGACUUACAGUGGACAGGGAGGCGGAAGAGGCUCGGGAGUGACGAGCAAAACCUGCUUCCACUAUGGCCGCGUGGGUCACAUCAAGAGCUCGUGCUGGCUGCUGCAUGGCUUUCCGACGAAUCUGGAAUCGAAGCCGGUGAUUGAGAGAGGAGGAGGAACCGGGAAGGGUUUGGCAUCAGGAAGAAGAGGAGGAGGAACGGGACUGGCAGGGGGAUACCGUGGGCCGGGCCAAAAUUCGGGUCAAUAUAAUGGGCUAGGUCAGUAUAAUGGGUUGCGGGCUCACCAAGCCCAACUGGGACAGUCCAGUGACGGACAUCACAGAUAUACAGGCUUACAGGCCCACCAGGCCCAGAUUGGGCCAUCCAGCAGCGGACUGAGCAGGCUGUCACGCCUUUCGGAGUCAACAUUUCAGAAAUUACUCGAUUUCCUCGGUCCCGAUGAUGACAACAUGCCUCCUAAUAGCGGUAAAAAUUUUAUUUCACUGAAUUAUGCGCAUGACUGGAUAAUUGAUAGUGGAGCUUCGAGACACAUGACCGGGCAUGCAGAUUUUCUUGUUGAGGCACAAGUACUUGUCAAGAAGCUAAAGAUACAUAUACCCGAUGGAGGAAUUCUUAAUGCCUGCAGAAGUGGACGAGUUCAUAUAGGCUCUCUUACUCUCUCGGAUGUUUUAUUAGUCCCAGAAUUUAAAUGCAAUCUCAUUUCCGCGUCCCAGUUAUCUAAGGAUUUGGAUUGUUGCGUGAUAUUUUACACGGAUUUUUGCUUGAUACAAGACCGCACCACGAGGAAGACGAUUGGAGUGGGUGAGCUCUAA